AUGGAGGUUAUGGAGGAAGGUAAUCUAAUGGACAGGAUUCCGAUUCUGCUCCAGCGUGAUCUGCAGUACUAUGAGGCGAAUCAAAAGGUCCUCCAGGAGAACAUUUGCUCCGGUGUGGUGGGUGGCAAACUGGACUUUCCUCGGUCGGCAUCAUUCGCGUCGGUGAAAAUCGUCAUCUGGUUGGAAGACGAAUAUUAUGCGGCCUACCGCAAGAAUUCGGGUUUACUGCACCUUGCUGAUGCCCUUCAAGAUCAGCAAGGGAAGGACCCGGAGGAGGCAGCGGGUUGCGGUGGUAUCGUGAAGUCAUCCGAUCCGGAAAAGUUUGUCAUUCUCGUGUCGAAGUCGGUGGACAACUUGUUGGAGCACAUCCAUACCUUGUCGCAGGAAGCGCUCGAUCACGCGGAUCUGACCGUACUGACGGCAACGAUCGGUGCCGCCGCGUUGGUGAAGAACAGUCUGUUCGUGUGGCUGCAGUGUGUGACCAAGAACGUGUGUCCUCCGAAGGGUGACGAGAAGGGUGGUUCGCUGAAGCUGAGCUACAAACAGUACUCGGAGAUGACGGAAGCGUUGGCAGAGCGUUUGCUCGAUCUGCACUGCCGUCUGUUGACGCUGUACAUCAUCCAGGAUGCGGACAGUUUGCACUGGGAGAGCACCCACCCGUUCUUUGAGUCGGAACGCGGCUCGUACACCAUCCAGAUGUGGUGGCUUUACAUGCAGGGCACCAAGCAGGAUCUCUGGAACUCGGUACCACCGACCAUGGCACAGCGUGUCUUCGCCGGUAUGCUGAACGAAACGUUAACCGUGCUCACGGUGCGCUACACGCAGACGAUACCCAGCCGGGCCCGGUCCCCAUUGCUGCUGGUCGAUGUCUCGAACAUACUGCUGUGUGUCGGGGAACUACUGCCCGCCAUCUGCGCGAACGGCGAGGCCUUCGUAGGGCUGAACCUGCCCAGCCAGAGCAAGAUCAUACGCGACAUCCAUGCCAAGUGUCAGGAGCUGUUCUGCUGUCUGUUGCUGCGCGGAGUCCCACUCGGUGCGCUGUACAAGAUCGCGAAGAAGGGCGUCCAGGGUGGAAUCGCCAUGUUUGGCCAGCGGCAAGGAUUGAUUAUACCGUGGACCAUUUUCACAAUGCCACGGCUCUUUCCACCGAACCUGAACGCACAUUGGGCUGCACGGUGCUCGGAGCUGCCGACCAGCACGGCGCUCACACUCGAGCUGAAGGUACUGCUGGCAGCUCCCCAGGCAAACUGGUGGCUGUUGCUGAAGGUGCUACUGAUGCGUGAAGCACACCUGUCCUCGCUGAUCUUUCAUCAUCUGAUCCGCAACUUGCCAUCGUGCGACAACUUCAUUCCGAGCGCGCGUCAACCAUCCGUCAACCGCGACUGUCUGUCGAAGAAGUGCGAGGGAUUCCUGUGCGGGUUGGAGUGCAACGAUAUCGUACAGUGGGCGCUAGAACAAAAUGAUCCGAUCGGACAGUCGAACUAUCAGGUGCUGAUGGGUCUCACGUACAUCGUCAUCAUGGCCGGCAAGACGUCCGAUAUAAACAAGACGCUUAUCUCAGCACUAGAGAAGAGCAAAAUGAACGAUUGGGCGUCGUGUCUCGAUCGGCGUCAGGUGUGGAACCAGAAGCGACCUCCGUGGCUCGAAGCCAUCUUGCACCUGAUCUAUCCCAUUCUCGGUCCAGUCGUGCAUAUGCUUGUGUCGGCCGUGCAGACAACGGCCAGCAUGUAUCAGGCAAUGUCCCUGUCGUUGUCCUGCUUUUCGGAGAUGUGGGAUUGCAUCCCAGACUGUCUGUACACCGUCACGAACUGUUUGACGGAGAUCCUGCCAGCGGAGAUACGUCCACUCGGUGAUUCGGUGUUGAUACAACUGCUCUACAUCGCGCUCUACUCGAAGCUGCUAGAGGUGGCCGAAACCGAGGCCGAGGCGGAAACGAAGGAGCAAACAAACGGCCCGGUCCCGCCGGAAGUUUCCACCACUCCAGUCUCGACCAUCAACAUGAAACCGAAGUCGGUCAUUUGUCAGACGCUGGCCGAAGCGAUCUGCUUCAUCGAUGAGGACAACAAACACACGGAACAGAUCAACUCGCUCAUCAGUCAGGCCCGGGAAAGUCAACGCACGAUGGGCCAGUUGGAGCACGAUCUUGACGAUGCGGUCGGAUUGGCGAGCUUUGCCAGCACAUCGCGCGUGGACGAUGUGGAAGCGUUCCUGCGCCAGACGACACCGAGCGUACGGUCGGAGGAAGAGUUCGAUGUAGAGAACGCGGAGUACAUUGCCGAAAUGCUGGUAAGCGAUGUGCUGGUGACAAGCGUCGGUAAACUAAGCAUGAAGAUGCUCUAUCAGUACAUACGGAAAAAUUUCGACUGGAUACUGCAGCAGCUGGGUGUGAGCGAUAUCGAGCACAAUCCGCUUCAGCCGAACCCUGGACAAAGCAUUCGCGAGGAGCGGCAAACGUUGAUUGAUCUGAUGUUUCACAUCGGUCAUCGAUCGUUCGAUCAGCUGCUUAGCGGUGGGCUGGACAUUGACUACACCAAGUGGUUCCAGACGCCCAUGUCGAUGAGCGUUGAGAAGGCCUGGCUGCAGGUAUGUCAGCGUUGGGAGUUUCAAGAGAGCGCUAAAUUGUCCGUGCACGAGGCACUCAUGGUGUCCUUCAUUACCUCUCAGUUGAAGCCAUGA